UAUUUUGUUGUUUUGAUCAAAAAAUCUUUCUUUGAUGAGUUUCAGUAUGGUGAGAGAAUAUACUAUAAGAUGCAUGAUUUAUUACAUGAUUUGGCACGCUCUAUUUCUUCAGAGGAAUGUUUCGGAUUUGUGGGAGAUGAUUUUUCAUCAUUUAAAGUUCCUAAAAAUGUUCGACACUUAUUUGUUAAAACUGAAAAUCCAGAAGUGUUGAGAAAGAUUAAAGAUGUUAAAAAUCUACAUUCAUUUUUUUGGAUGACCGAUGAUCAAGAUUUUACUGAAAUACUUACUGAAAUUUUUGAAGCAUCGAGAAGGAUUCGUUUGUUGUUCAUAUACUCUUCAUGGGAGAAAAAGAUUUCUGAGGCUAUUAAAAAUUUGAGACAUCUUCGAUAUCUGCAUCUUGAUGCCUAUCUCACUCAGAUGCCAAGAUCUCUAAGCAGUCUUUAUCAUUUGCGGUUCAUAAUCUAUAAAGGUUGGCAUAGGCAACAUUCGUCUGAUGAUUUCUUGCCUGGCAAUGCGAGUAAUCUUUCUAAUCUGCGUUACUUGGAAUUGCCCCCGAAUGUAUUUUCUAGUGUGCCUGGAAUUGGGAAAUUAAGGUCACUUCAAGAACUAAAUGAGUUUAAUGUUAAGAAUGAGAAUGGUUAUAGAAUUGGGGAGUUGGAACAUAUGAGGGAGUUGCGCAAAUUAAACAUUCAUUUUCUGGAAAAUGUGAAGAAUGCUGUAGAGGCUCGCAAUGCAAAAUUAUUUGAGAAGAGAAAACUCACAGAUUUAUGCUUGAAUUGGGGCAAUACCGUUGAUGAACGGAAGAUUGUCAAUUCUGACUUAGAUGUGCAUGUGCUUGAAAAUCUAAAACCUUACAAAAAUCUAAAGAGAUUGUCCAUAGUUUCAUACAAGGGUGUAAGCUCUGCAAAAUGGAUGUACACUGCAGAUUUGAUCUCCAAUCUGGAGUACAUCAAUUUGAACGGCUGCUCGGAGUGGGAAACUCUUCCACCUUUUGGGCAACUUCCCCACCUCAAGUCACUGUACCUUCGUAACAUGCCAAAAGCAAAGCGGCUUGAUCAUAAAUUCCAUGGGAAUGACAAGGUUUCUGUGUUUCCAUCAUUGGAGGUGCUAAAUUUGGAGGGAUUACAAGUAUUGGAGGAUUGGUUUGAUGGAGCAGGAGCAACAGCAUAUGCCUGUUUCUUUCCUUGCUUAACUGUGAACUCUUCCUCGAUAACUGCCCAAAUCUGCAAGAGUUGCCCCAUUUGCCUCCUAAGCUCAAGAAAUUGAAUAUACAAAAAAUCGGAUGGAAGGCUGCUUUGAACUGGAAGCAAGAAACCAACAACUGUUGCGGCAUUUCAAAAUCGAUUCCCCUUGAGACAUUAGAGGUCCUUUCUUUCGUGUCCAAACAUCACAUCUCUUCUUUCUCUUGGUGGACUUCAACAAGUGGAGAGUGGCAUUGAGAAAUUCGAGCUUAUUCUCCGUGAAGUUGUUAUAGAUGACCAAUCCUUUUUGCCAACAGUAAGUACCGCCUCUUUGGAAAAGCUCACAAUUUGUAAUAAUGACGUGCUGGUUUCUUUUACAAUUGAGGCGGAGCAGUGGUUUUCGCACGUUAGCUCAUCCCUUCGUCAGUUGAGCUUUAGAGGCCUCAAAUCCCUGCAGUCUCUCCCUUCCUCCUUUGAACGCCUCUCUUCACUUGAGAUUCUACGUAUCGAAAAAGUUCCUCAGCUCCAGCAGCUUCUACACAUCCCCGCCUCCCUGAGAAAAUUACGUCUUGAAUACCUGGAAUCAUUGCAGUGCCUGCCAUCUUCUUUGUCGGCCAUCUCUUCCCUCAACAAACUAUCGUUAAAAAGCAUUCCACUCCUCAAAUCAUUGCCAGAACUCCCUCCCUCUUUGUUA